AUGUCUACCUUACAGUUUCCUGUGGAUCUCUUGCAAUUAGGUGACGACGACGAAUUUGUUACUCUCGACUCCAACGCCAGUGUCAUGCCCCCCUUUGACAGUACCCCUCGCCGUAUUGCAGAGAUCAUAGGGUUCAUUUCGAGUGGCGGAAACUCUUAUAAGAUAUCGCCCGAAAACUUACACAAACCCUUUGUUCUCCGAGCAAGACUGGACAACCAACGGGACGGCGAGGAUUCGGUAAUCUGUAAGGCUGGGUACGGCAAGAGUUGCUCUGAGAAGCUCAAGAAAGAGGCGCAGAUAUAUAGUGGCAAGCUCUCAAGUCUCCAAGGUAUAUGCGUUCCACGCAUCUAUGGCUACUACACUGGCUGGACUAUCGACGAAGGCCGGCUUUCAGUUCUUGUCAUGGAGGACUGCGGCCAGCCCUUGCCUCGGCUACUCGACGAGCUUCCCCGCCGCGUGAAAGAGAGUAUCGUUGAGUGUCUCAUGAAACUACACCAAGCCGGUAUAGAACACGGGGAUAUUGAUGACGGAAGGAACGUCGUCAUAUGUCCCUCGCAGACCGAUGGAUACGAGGUCAGGAUCGUCGGCUUUGGCGAGGCGGACGACAACCACUCCUGUGAAGUCAAUCCCGAGUUCCUCGAGAAUAGUACCAAUCCUGGCUUCGAGCGCGUCGGCUGUUACGAAAUAUUCGCCGCAUGCGUAGAGUCACAGUUGUGGGAUAAGGACCAUAUCAGUUUUUACGACAUCAAGGUGCCGGUCGACCAGUUGACGAGUGUGGAGAAUCUCUUGGCGGUCACAAACAUCCUCAACGAGCUCGAGGAACACGAGGAUCUGCGUGAAUGGGAAGCGAGGGGUGCAGCUGAGGCCAAGAUUGAUAGCUACCGCCGAUGGUGUGAAGCCCGCGAAUAUUGGGAAUCACUGCCCCUUUUUACUUGA